AUGCGACAGUGGCCCUGGGCAUGGCUGCUGACCGAGCUCGCUUUCAUCUCCAUUCAUACCCUAGCAUAUAGACCACUAUCGGACGAGACUCUCCUACGUCGACUUCCUCGGCCGGAUACUGCCGAUUUCGACAUAUACACCGGAAAUCUGCUGGCUCCCAUACUAAUACCUCGAGUUCCCGGCACGCCGGGGUCCAAGAAAGUCCUGCAACAUUUCGUCGAUUUCUUCCACCAUUCAUUACCCGACUGGACAUUGACAUUUCAAAACUCAACCUCCAAAACACCUACACACGGGAACACCGAAGUCCCUUUUGUGAAUUUGAUUGCCUCUCGGGAUCCGCCAUGGUCCCAGCCGGGUAACGUCGGUCGCUUGACGUUGGUGGCGCAUUAUGAUUCAAAAUAUAAGCCAGAUGGAUUUAUUGGAGCAACGGACUCUGCUGCACCAUGUGCUAUGAUUAUGCAUGCCAUCAGGUCAAUUGACGCCGCCCUGACGAGAAAGUGGGAAUCUGUGCAAAGUGAGGGAGAUAUUGAUCUUGAUUUCGAGGAACAAAAGGGCAUUCAAGUUUUGUUUCUUGAUGGUGAGGAGGCUUUUCGAUCUUGGACAGCCACCGAUAGUAUUUACGGGGCGAGAUCACUAGCCGAGGAAUGGGAACAUACUAUGCAUCCGGCAACAAGUGUUUACAAGAAUUAUCUGGAUUCGAUUGAACUAUUCGUCCUGCUGGAUCUCCUAGGCUCACCAGAAGACCUCCAUAUUCCGUCCUGGCAACACAGUUCUCACUGGUCAUAUGUGAAGAUGGCUGAAGCCGAAACACGACUUCGAGAUCUGGGAUUAUUCAAGAGCAAUCCUUCCCGCAUUUGGCUUCCGGACAAGAACAAGAAAGAAACGGACGCUUUCAGCAGCUAUGUGAUGCAAGACGACCACAUUCCGUUCAUCGCCCGAGGAGUCCAUGUUUUGCACCUUAUUCCUGCCAAAUUCCCUUCAGUCUGGCAUACUAUGAGAGAUGACGGUGAACAUUUGGACAUUCCUACUGUUGAAGACUGGGCACUCCUUACAACUGUGUUUGCUGCCGAAUAUAUGGAGCUUGAAGGAUUCUUCGGGGCCUUGGCACCGAAAAAUACCAAGAGGAAUAACAAUAUCAUCAGCAAGACUGAAUUAUGA